CAAGUAUCCCCUCCUCGAGUGUCUCGCCCAGCUUCUUCUUUCACCACAUAAAAUCAUUUCCUUCGUAGCUCGUCUCUGUAGAAGAAACCCUAGAUUUUCAAUCACCAACCCAACAAAAAUGUUCAGAUCUAUGCUCGUCCGAUCUUCUGCCUCCGCGAAGCAGGCGGUUAACCGCCGUAGCUUCUCUUCCGGAUCCGUCCCGGAGCGAAAAGUCGCCAUCCUUGGUGCCGCCGGUGGAAUCGGUCAGCCUCUUGCUCUCCUCAUGAAGCUUAACCCUCUCGUCUCUUCUCUCUCCCUUUACGAUAUCGCCAACACCCCUGGAGUUGCCGCCGAUGUCGGUCACAUCAACACCAGAUCUGAUGUUACUGGAUACAUGGGAGAUGAUAACUUGGCCAAAGCUCUUGAAGGAGCUGAUCUUGUCAUCAUCCCAGCUGGUGUACCAAGGAAGCCUGGUAUGACCCGUGACGAUCUUUUCAACAUUAAUGCUGGAAUUGUCAAGAACCUUUGCACUGCCAUCGCCAAGUACUGCCCUCAUGCACUUAUUAACAUGAUCAGCAACCCUGUGAACUCCACUGUUCCGAUUGCAGCUGAGAUCUUUAAGAAGGCUGGUAUGUACGAUGAAAAGAAAUUGUUUGGUGUUACCACUCUUGACGUUGUCAGGGCCAAGACUUUCUAUGCUGGAAAGGCUAAUGUUCCUGUUGCAGAAGUUAAUGUUCCGGUGAUUGGUGGUCAUGCUGGGGUUACAAUCCUUCCACUUUUCUCUCAGGCCUCUCCUCAAGCCAACUUGUCAAGUGACGUACUCACCGCCCUCACUAAGCGUACCCAAGAUGGAGGUACUGAAGUCGUGGAGGCAAAAGCAGGAAAAGGGUCAGCUACAUUGUCAAUGGCCUAUGCUGGAGCACUAUUCGCUGAUGCAUGCUUGAAAGGACUCAAUGGUGUUCCAGAUGUUGUAGAAUGCUCAUACGUGCAAUCCACAAUCACCGAGCUUCCUUUCUUUGCCUCGAAGGUGAGGUUGGGGAAGAACGGUGUGGAGGAGGUUCUUGACUUGGGACCACUCUCAGACUAUGAGAAGGAAGGCUUGGAAGCAUUGAAGCCAGAACUCAAAUCCUCCAUCGAAAAGGGAGUCAAGUUUGCCAACCAGUAAUUAAACCGAGUUGACUCGGUAAUUUUUCCAGUUUUCCAGCUAGAGCCUCCUUCAUCGGGUUGUAUCAAUAAAAUCCAUGUUUGUGCCUCCAUUAGUGAACCAUAAGGCUCUUUGGUUCAUCACCAAACACAGAGAAAAACUUUAACAUGCCAAGUUAUGAUUUUUUUUUUCUUCCUUUUGGAAACCAUGCGACUUCCUUUUUUUCGUGAACAAGAGAUCAUCAGUGUGGUUUGUUCCUUAAUACUGCGUCUGUGUUACCUUACUUUUCAUCUUCCUUUCUUCUCUUUUGGGCUUAAUUUAAAUUUCAUGCAAAAGAGAAAGAGAUGAUUACAGGAUGUGUAA